AAUUCGCAACCAUCUUCUGUUCUUCAACUGUCAGCUUUUGGAAAGCAGCCAUCAAACAUAAUCAGUACGAUCAAUAUCACACCCUACUUUCUCGCUGCUGCUUUCGUUUUGGGUGCCUUCUUGUUACCACUAUCGAAGUGCACCAUUACCACGCCUAGCGAUUCGGAAGUACUUGGCCUGUGAUUGGCCACGACGUAAGUGUCCCGCGCGUCGCGUCGUCUUCCUUGACCCUCCAUGUUCAACACCACCUGUUUGAUGACUACUCUAAUCAUGGACAGUCCAUACAGCCGUAGCCACAUCUUUCGCGCUUCAAUCGCGUGAUGGCCUCUAAGAAGCGCAAGAGAACGAGUGAUAACAAUCAGAGUGACAAGCCGCUGCGCGCAAAGAGCAGAGCUAUCAUUACCGAACGAGAGUCUGGUACAGGUACAGACACGGCUGCACAGUUGAAGGAGAAGGAGGGAAAGAUUGCACAGAAACCAGCAACCACAAGCGGAACCCGAAAGCGCGGCCGACCGCCGAAAGAUCCCACGGCGAAGCCAUCCAAGAAGCCCAAGCCUACAUCGCGGCGCGCAGUCGCAAGCUCGAAUUCCACAACUUCACCUUCGGUACUGUCAACUCGUGCGCCUUCCGAUCCCAGCCAGCAAGAGCUACGUAGGUCCAAGCGCAACAGUCGAAGCUCCGCGCAUCCCACUCUCGCUGCCCGCGCGCCUUCACCACACGUCGAACCAACGCUGCAUAAUCCCUCGAGCCUCCAGCACUACAAAUAUUUCUCCCAAGUUGAAUCGACGCAAGGUUCGCCAGCGCGCACACAAUUUCGAAGCUUCAUUUCAUCACAGUCAAGCUCCUCCUCAAGCUUCAGGGUUACGGGCGAGGUUCCUGAUUCAGAAUCAGAGCCGGAAGACGAGAUUGACGACCCGUCGGCUAGCUUUCGUUCUGCAACUCAAACCCUAUCUCAAUCCGCAUCGAGCCAGUCGAACAACAACGGUCAAUUCAGGCACGAGUCUACAACUAUCGAUACCUCGCCGGUAGCUUCGCCUGUUUCGCUCUCAUUCUCGAUACCCGAAACAGAACCCGAAAUUGAAUCGUCACCUGCGGCGCAAAGAAUUGUUGAGGAGACCGUUCUUGAACACGUAUCGGACGCCCAAUUACACGAAGCCAGCAUUCGAGAGAUACCCGAUACUUUCGAGACUGGGCGCACUCUAUCUACUGUCGAAAAAUCGUCGGGCCACAGGACCCAGCAACCUCAGGAAGGACCUGUAGACGUAUCCCAGGGCCUCGCAAAAGAGUCGACCUCGCAAGCUUGGUCUGACCUGGAGGAACAUUUACGGACCUUGCACCAAAGUACUCCGUCGGUCCAGGAACGUGAAGGGUCUAUCCAGGUGCUCGAGCAGGCCGUAGAAUCUAUCGACGUAGCACUACAGGACGUGCCACAAAGCAUCGCACAAGAAAUCGAGCCUUUGACACAAAAACGGUCGCAGAGUGUUCAUCGAAGCUCCAUAGAAGAGAUCUCCCUUCAGGGCUCGCAGGCUUCAAGACCAAGUGGGCUCCAGCAAGCGCCUCAAAGCCCAUUGGAAUACUCGCUGCCCCGCGAGAUUCCAUCCACAACCCAGACGGUGCAAACACCCUCGCAACAGUGUGGCCGGCAACAGUAUCAACCCGAAAGCGACGAGCAGACUACACUCCUUGACUCAAGUAUCUACACUUCAUCGCACCCUCAGGCACAGGAAGGACAGUCACAGUCCAGGGAGUUGGGGGCGAACCAGGUCCGAACGCGUUCAGAAGGGCAAUUAGAAGACUCUUCGAAAGAGGUUCACGCUCACCAGUCAUUGUCCUUCCCACGGACCGACUCUUUUCCGGAGCUCCACCCAGCCAGCCGAAGCACGUUCCGCGAUACCGUUGCUCUGAUAGCCCAAGCCAUCAACAACUGCCAAACUCCCAGUGAACGCCAAGACAUUGCCAAGGCUACUCGCGCUAACGGCGAUCAUUCGCAUCUCGCGCGUCCUUCACAACCUCCAGCUCAGAGGCAACAGGGACAGUCUCUCCCUUACGAUCCUGUGUUGGAAAUUCAGCAACAAGAUACAAGGGCUGGCGAAACAAUCCCUGAGCGGUAUAGUGACACUGUCGAUCGUCUUUCGCGCCACGACUCUUCUCAAGAGUCUCCAAGUCAGUCCUGCGAGGACUCAUCACCAGUCCCUCAGCCACCGAAACAGUCAUUAGGAACUUCGCACUCAAGCGGCAACGUGCCCAGACGGCCGGAAAGGCUUACCGAUUCAUUCCUCAACACCGUCAUGAACACUAAUGAACACUCUGCCUCACCCCGGAGGGAUGUCCCACCGGCGACUCCGGGACUUUCUUCAGCUCCGGGAGACCCACUCGCAAAUGAGUCUCCUAUUGGCAGCAGUGGUGUAGGUACCGGUCCAGGGCCUGAGCCGACGUCGACACCACAGUCAUUUAAGGCCAGGUUCCAAGCUUCACGCGCCAAAUUACACACUACACCCGAUCAAGAUGACAAGGCAUCCCGGAGGCACGAAACCCGUAAAUUCGAGACGCGGGAGAGUAAAUCGCGGGAAUCAGGUUCACGAGCGCAAUCAGAAGCCGUGGAAAAGAUACGCGAUCUCGAUCGACUGACAGCGCCUGAGACUGGCACACGGUCACCAUCCACAAUUCCUGAUCGUCUCCCUGUCCCCCAAGAACCGACCCCCUUGAGAGCUGUGGCUACUUCGAUCCCCGCGCAUGUGCCGCCAGUGGCUCAGAACCAGGAAGAAACCACAGCCGAGCUUGAGGUUGCGUCCUCAUCUGUCCCAGAAGAUGUCGAUAUGGGCGAGGCUUCAUACAGCGAUAAUGAAGAGGAUGAGAGUCUCUUGAUUGAUGACGUUGAAUUGCAGGAUAAUGAAUACAUCGUCCCACUUCCCUUUCAAGGCCGGCAAGCGGACGCUUAUCGGAGAAGCAGCGCAGGACUUGAUGGUCUUUAUAUGUCUUAUGCUCAUGACCGUCAAGACAUUCAAAUCAAGAUCGAUGAAAGACUGAACGAGCUGCGUUCCCUUGAAACGCACAUUGAUCUUGUGCGGAUUGCGAACUCGACACCGCAGCCGCAUGAUGUCCAACAGGUACAAGACGACCACUUCGCCGCUUGGAGUAAACUCAACUCCAUUAAGUUCAGGUUUCUUGGCGAACUCUUAUCGAGGUUGGAAGCACGAGAUCUGCACGUCAUCGUGUUGAUUGAUGACCAGAACAAUACCCGGCUGUUUGGUCUAGUGGAAUCGUUCAUGCGAGGCAUCAAAUUCACCUUCCAAUCUCCAAGUACUGGACAGUCGUUUAGUGCACUGAACGAGCCUAACAAAGAGAGCAAGCGGUUGAAGGUCACAAUACUCGCAAGCACUGAUUCCCGUGUUCUACGUGAGGCUCAUCUAAUUGUGUGCCUCGAUGGCAAACCAAAUGUCACGACAAUCCGCAAGAAGCCAUGGGCCCUCAAACCUGACCGCUCUGGUGUCCCGCUCCUCCAGAUGGUAAUACCUAGAACAGUCGGCCACAUUGAUCGGUAUCUGUCUCCGAAGCUCGAUCCAAAGCGGAGGUUGGUCACAAUCAUAACAACCUUAUCACAGUUCGUAACCCAGGGCAGCGUGGGCUGCGUCGCCGAUAGUAGUCCGCCAGCGCCGCAUAUCAAGACGAAGGUAGACGAUAUGGAUGUAAAGACGAAGGCAGACGAUAUCGUCAAAUUUAUCCUUCCUGAUCAGGAUGAGUCAGCGCUGUCUGAGUGGCCACUUCCCACUCUUGGGACUAUCAAAAAUGACAUCGAGUACCAAUCUCAGCUAUCCCAGCAGUCCCAGGACGCACUUGGCACGACAGUUUCUUUGCCUGGUUCACACGCAGCCAAUAAACGGCCUCUAAUUCAGAACAAUGACCGGGAAGAUCCUGCGAAGAGGAUGCGAUUCACACCUCAACCACAGCCACAAGCGAGUACCAGUCAUAUCAGUGACUCCGAACCUGCAACCUCACUCUCCAUUGAGCAGCAGCUGGAGUGGUACAAACAAGAGAACAAACGCUUGCGUGAAGUCACUCAAAGUUAUAUCAACCGUCAAUGGCAGUACGAAGAAAUGAGCCGCAAGUACAAAGCGAUAGAGACUAGAGCGGAGCGUGCCGAAAAUCAGCGUGACAUGGGCAAGGAACGAGAAGAUAAACUCCGCGAGCAACUCAAUACCAGGACCCUAGAUAGCGUUGAGCAGAUGAAGAACGUCGAGGAGUUACGGGACGUCAAUCUCCUCUCCGAAGACGCCAAAGUUCGAACAAUCGCCAAGCAGAGUGGCGAAAUCGAGCGUUUGAAGGACGAUCUGGCUAAAGAGAGGAAGGCGAAAGAGGACGCCAUCACAUCCAAGAAAUCCACCGAAACCACCCUGGAAUACGUGAACGACCAGCGACGUAAGGCGCAAGACGCGGCAGAGGCCGCAACCCAAAGGGCCGAUGAACUCUCGAAGGCCAACGCAAAGCUUGAACGUGCCGCGAAAGCAAAGGCCCUCCUCCUCCCAAAGUUCAACGAGCAGCAGAAGCGUCAACACGAUCAGGCCCUCGCCCUUGUAACCGCCGAUCGUGACAACCUCAAGAAACAGCUCCGCGUCCAGGCUGAAAAGAACAAGACGCAGGCGACAGAACUGGAUCGCUUCAAGAUGACGCGAGGCGUUGGUGGAGGCACGCGUGCCGCUAGUGUCGGCGCCGGCGCCCGCACACCGCGCCCUGGAAGCAGAGCAGCGAGUCCGCUGCCGAACGGCAGGGACCGAAUCGCGAACCUGAGGAAUGGAUAGGUCCUCGGUUCUUCUGCUUGUGCUCCCCUUCCUUCCAAAGGUCACUGUAGCCCUGGUCGUACAGGCACGCAAAAUCCCACUACGAGAAAAGGUGGACAAAGAGAAAACCACCGGCACCAAGCAGCAAAGGGCGAACGAGCGAGCUUGAGAUCAAUUCUGAGUGGACAAAAUGGAGAAGGAGGAAGUCAAACGGCGGCGCGGACUUGCUAAGGUUGCAUUCAUGGAGCAAACUGCGUUUUGGGCUAACGAUGGGACGGACUCGGAUUGAGCAUUUGGCGGUGUCCGUCUGUCCAUCAUGGUAAUGUCUU